AUGUAUACUAUAUAGGGCGUGUGCGUUCGUUAUCGGAGGCUUCUUAUCGUUCGGUUUGUGAAAAGAGGCACACCUAGUUCCUCUUUGCUGUCCAUGUUGAAAAACGCUCAAUCGCUCCUACGAUUCAAUCGCUCCAGUUCGUAUUAAACUCUCGGUGGAUAUUGUCUCUAGAUCAGCAAUGAGGAAUCUCGUUUGGGUAAUUUUGCUCGUUGCAACUGCACGUGCACAAGAUUCAGAGAAAAGGAAUUUUUACAAAUUCUGCGCACCCGUUGAUGUGGUAUCCGAAAAUUCGUGCAUCGCUUUGCAUCGAGGAAAUUCUGAAGUGUCGUGUUUAACCGUGUCGGACAGCUCCGAGUGCGCUAUUCGCUUAGCUGAAGGCAACGCCGAUUUCGGUGUUUUUAAUGCAGAAGAAUUGUUAUUGAUAAACCAAUUCUAUCCAUCUGAGAUCGAACCUAUUAUUCAACUAAAGCAUAGGACCAAACUAUUAGAUGAGUUUGAAUUUCAAAUGGUAGCAGUAAUCCCCACAGAUCCAACAUUCAUACAGAUAACUCCUCUCGAACGUCUUGAACGUUUGAAAGAUAAUGGAUUUUGCCAUCCUGGUUUUAGCCAAUCUCAAUGGCUGAAUGAUUAUAUUCUCAAGUAUUUUGAAAACACAUUGUCAGUGAAUCCUCUGCAGUGCCAAGAUAAUGUAACCGUUAUUGAGAACGAGAUCAUAAAUCUCAAGAAUUUCUUUGGAAAAGCUUGUAGACCAGGCGAAUGGGCCCCUAAUAAGUCCAUCGAUCAAGAACUAAAGAAGAAAUAUCCAGAAUUAUGUGCUCUUUGUGACGACACGGCAGAUUGUAGUUAUAAUAAUAAGCAGCAUCACGGACAUUUCGGAGCUCUGGAGUGUCUAAGUCAAGGUCGUGGUAAAGUGGCAUAUGCAGCACUUCACUACGUUCAGAAAUAUCUUAAAACAAAUGAAUCGUAUCAGUUUUUAUGUCCAAAUGGCAGUAUUCUUCCUUUAUCCACUUCAUAUCCUUGCGCGUGGCUCCAACAACCGUGGAGCGUCGUCGCAGCUAGACAAGAAGUCGCAUACCAUCUUAAAGAAAAAUUAUUGCACUGGCUAGAUAAUCCGAAUUUAGAAUGGAAAAAGAGUUUAAGUCGAAUUAUACAAGAGGAUAGCAAGGGUGUAAGUUUGGUAAAAACGACUAUAGCUACGUACUUGAAGGGAAGAGACAUCGAUAUUGAAAAUAUUGAAACCUGUGGCAAGACCAUUAAUUGGUGCACGAUUAACGAUUUAGAGACUAAUAAGUGCAAAUGGGUAGCGAAAACAGCGAAAACUCUCGGUGUGGCACCGAGCAUUUCUUGUAUCAUGUCAAAUUCUACAUUUCAAUGUUUCCGCGAUAUAAAAGAAAAUCGAACAGAUAUAAUCGUCAUUGACUCCAACUAUGGUUAUCUGGCACGAAAAGUUUAUAAUCUGUCAACGCUUCUAUACAGCGAAACUGAAGAGGGUAAGAAUAGUGUGACAUUCGCUGUGAUGCGUGAACCUAAAGAGGAUAAUUAUCCCAUAAAAAACUUCCAAGAUUUAAAUGGCAAAAAGGCAUGUUUCUCUGAAUAUGGCGGACUUAGCUGGUUGAGUUUCAUCAAUGUCGCGAGACAAAACAAUAUCAUUUCAUCUAAAUCCUGUGACUAUCCAUUAAUGAUGUCUGAACUGUUUUCGGGUGCUUGUACCCCUGGAAUAGAAGAUUUCGACCACUCGAGCACUGCCAUCUCAUCGAACGUAUCAUCUAAACUUUGCUCGGCUUGUAAAAAUCAAAAUAAUUCGUCCUGUGCAAUGGAUGAAACUAAUCGUUAUUACGGUGACAAAGGAGCCAUACAAUGCCUAAUUGAUGAAGCCGGCGACAUAGCAUUUAUUGAGACGACAAAUUUGAUAAUCACCGAACCGAACAAGUACCGUCAGUGUGCAUUAUCGGUGACAAUUGAUAGCGAGGUUGUUGGCCUUAAGAAAGAUGAUAAGGAAAUCUCUAGAACGGAUACUAUUUUAGCUUUACUAAAGUUGGAAGACUGGCUAGGAUAUCGUGUAAAUGCUAGAAGAUCAAUUCAUAUUUACGGACCAUUCAACGGCACAAGAGAUCUUCUCUUCAAAGAUUCCUCGGCCGGCUUGAUUUCCACAUCGUCGAUGAAGGAGUCAGUGGUUGCCUAUAAAGAACUUCUUGAUAACAUCGAAGAGUGCUCGAAUGGUUCUUUAGCCACUGCUAAUUUAAUCUUUAUAAUCCUAGUCGCACUUUACCACAUUCUUUCCAGUCACGUACACUAAAUUUCUCUGCAUUGUUAAAUCCAAUAUUUAUAAUAUUUACGUAAUACAUUACGCCACACAUACUUUUAAAUGCACUGCUAAACAUUAACUAUACUUCUGUACCUUUUAUAAAAAACGAAUACAU